AUGCAGACCUUGAACGACGACGUCGUGUUCCUUAUCGUAUCAUUCGUUGCUCCCGAGGACGCUCGCGACCUAUCAGCUGUCUGCAGGAAAUUCCAUAUCCCUGCGAAGCGGCGCGCCCUAUCCGAGGCCGUGUUCAGUGAUCCGGGCGUAUGUGCAAGGUUCUGCAAGUACAUGCUGGAAGAUAUACCCGGUCGUUUACACUGGCUACGUCGCCUGACACUUGAUGCCCCAUAUUCAGGGGCUGGUGGUAUGUCGCUUCGCGAAUGGGAUCUCGACCUCCUCGUCGCUUUCUUCCGACACGCAUUGAACAUCAGCUUUUUGUCGCUGAACUCUGCCGAACGCAUAGCAUGCAGUAAACAGGAGAUGAUAGAUGCCUUGGCGGCCCUCCGAAACCUGGAGGAGCUAAAGCUCACUAGUGUUAGAGAACUCACACUUGACAUUAUUAAGAAAUCCGCAGCCCCUCUACGAAAGCUCGAACUCGGUCCUGACGUACACCAGAUUCACUUCCACAGAUUCUUCAGCAGGGUCACUCCUGUGCAAACCGUACAGUCUCUCGAAUUGUCUAUCCUCGACAUGGACCCUCCUGUUCAGAUCGACCCUCAGCGGCAAUGGCUUGGGGUACACGACCUCACCCUUAUCUGUGUCUAUGGGCAACUACAGAUCAUACAGCAGGCGUUCCCCAAUAUACGCACACUGGUGCUCCAUGAAGUAGGCCUGACAGGACCAUCCCAUCCCAACUCCCGCUGGUCGAGCCUCGACUACGUUCGGGUUGUAUUCGAGAAUCUCCAUAAUAUCGAUAUAUCCUGUCCUGUACGGCACCUGCAGCUGCAAAUUUGGGAUCACAGCGUCCACAGUAGUCUGUGGAGUACUUUGAGGGCCACAACUCCAGUGUUUCUCACUCUGAAGGCAUCCAGAAGCAACGAAGAUUUCUGGCCCACUUUGCUUCGUGGCCCUUUCUCCCUGGAGAGCCUACGGGGCCUCGAACUCGUCUGCCGAUACACCGUGACAUCAUCCGACGACUUUCGGUCUUGGCUGGAUCUCUUCUCUGAUGCAAAUGCUGAGCUGCCCCUAGUCUGCAUGAAGAUCAUUGUGGAGGACGAGACGUAUCAGUUCUGGGAUGUUCGUGACCUGCUGCGUUCGCUUACGCUCCUAGCGAGCAAAGUCGCGAGCAUUCGUUAUAUAUCUCUGGGCAUCGGGACAUGCAACUUGUAUGAGGACAAUUACCACGGAUCCAUGUGGUGGUGGCGGGUAAACACCGUCGAGCAGCGCAAGACACUCGAAGCGAUUUCGCGCAACUCUGGGAUGCGCGUUCUGGCGGCCCUGCAGUCACCAGAGUACAAAGAUUCGAUAGAUCUGGACGCUCUCGUUGCGCCGGAACGAGGCAGAGACGUCGAAGGGGAAUCUGGCACAUACUACUUGCAUACACUUCAAUGCGACAGCAUCAUCCCAUGGGGACGCGUUGUCUAG